GCAGAGCUUCUGCUUUUCGUUUUGCAGUGGUUUGUUUCGUACCACAUGGCAAAACUGCACGAGAAGCGUGUUAUGAGGAUUCCUUGUAUUUUAAUAUUCUAGAGCUCGUGGUUGGCAAAAUAAACACUUAGCUAAAAAUGUCUCAGAUACAGGCAAGAUUCUUCACAGAAGACAAAAGGUACGUUGUAGAUGAUGUCCCGUUCUCCAUCCCAGCUGCAUCCGAAGUGCAGGAUCUCAGCAAUGUAAUCAACAAGCUGCUGGAAGCUAAAAAUGCUUCUCACAGUAAAGUGGACUUUGACUUCCUGGUCAGGGGUCAGUUCCUGCGAACCUCACUGUCAACUCACAUGGCGACAGAGGGUAUAUCGACGGAAGAAGUUGUGGAGAUAGAAUACGUGGAGCGGAUCACGGCCCCAGAACCCGAGGAGUGUAUGAUGCAUGAUGACUGGAUUAGCUCUGUAGAUGCUGAUGCUGAAUGGAUCCUAACAGGGUCAUACGACAAGACUGCCAGAAUUUGGUCUACUGAGGGCAAGCCUGCGAUGACUGUGGCUGGACAUACAGAUGUGGUCAAAGACGUAGCCUGGGUCAAAAGAGAGGGUCUGACCUCUCUGCUUCUGACGGCCUCUCUGGACCAAACCGUGUUACUGUGGGAGUGGAACUCGGAGAGAAACAAGGUGAAAGCCAGACAUUGCUGUCGUGGACACGCGGGGAGUGUUGACACCAUUUCUGUAGACCCCACAGGAACGAAGUUCUGCAGUGGCUCCUGGGACAAAAUGUUGAAGAUCUGGUCAGCAGUGCCUACAGAUGAGCAGGAUGAGAUCGAGGAGCCGGCUGACAGACCAAGGAAAAAACAGAAGACUCAGCAGCUUGGCCUUACCAGGACUCCCUUGAUGACAUUAUCGGGACACAGCGAGGCAGUGUCAUCUGUCCUGUGGUGUGACAGUGAGGAGGUUUGUAGUGCGUCUUGGGACCACACCAUCCGCAUAUGGGACGUCGAUACUGGAGGGAUGAAAACUACGUUGACGGGCAGCAAAGUGUUUAACUGUAUUUCCUACUCACCUUUGUGUCGACGGCUGGCCUCAGGUAGCACCGAUAGACACAUCCGACUGUGGGACCCUCGCACCAAAGAUGGGUCUCUUGUUCUGCUGUCGCUGACCUCUCACACUGGCUGGGUUACCGCUGUCAAGUGGGCACCAUCACAUGCGCACCAGUUGGUCUCGGGUUCCCUUGACAACCUAGUCAAACUUUGGGAUACCAGAAGCUGUAAGGCUCCUCUGUAUGACCUGGCGGCCCAUGAAGACAAAGUAUUUUGUGUGGACUGGACAGAAAGUGGGCUGAUGCUGAGUGGAGGCGCAGAUAACAAGUUGUACACCUACAGAUACUCAGCCCAACAGGCAGAGGCAUAAAGAUUCAGCACACAUUGGACAGACAGACACAAAGACAAUAUUCAGGACUUCAAUCAAGGACUUCAAAGUGUUGGACAAAUAUCUUGGCUUUGUUCUUUGCUUUCCUGAUUCGUUUUACACAAAUGUUCUUACAGCUCGUCCUCGUUUCAGUGUUAUCCAAACAGAUUAUAAAUUAAAUCUUUCUCCUAAAA